AUGGUGUUGGUGGCUUUGAGGCUAGUUUGUUGUAGUGGGGGAUUUCGUCUAGCUGUGAACAAGAUGGGUUUUGGGUCACUGUUGAUUCUUGUAAUAGUGCUGAGUCCUUGUUUGGUUGAGGGGCUGAAUGGUCAUGAAGCUAGAAAUGGCACUGCAGACUUCGACAAAAUAAUCAUGCGUAGGUUGCGAUCUCCCAAGGAUGUUGGUCACGUAGAAAGGAGGAACAUAACAUCCAGUAAUGAAGUUGUGGUUGAUAGCAAAACUGAAAUAAUGGGUCACGGAGGAGGAGGAGGAGGAGGAGGAGGGAGUGGUGGUGGUGGUGGUGGUGGAGGGGGAAGUGGUGGUGGAAAAGAAAGAAGGAAAGNGACCAUAAUGAUAUUGCUAAUUAAUGCACGUCCUUCUGGCUAA